UUAAAUUGAAAUAUUUUCAUAUAUGUCUUCGACAAAACUCCAGGCUUCCCUCCUCAACAGGAGGAAGAGGAAACUCAAGAAGAAAAGGGUCCCUCCAAUGACGGUUAUUAUUAAGAAUACCACGAAUUUGAUUAUUAAUAAUAAUCCUGCCCAGAAAACUCCUAAAAAGACCCUGAAUGUUUUCCCAAACAUGAUCAUUAAUAAGUACGAAAGACAGCGAGAGCGGUCAAUUGAUCUCCCGAAAUUUAGUCACUUUAAAAAGACUCAUAAUGAUAACACUUUCCGACCGCAAGAUAAACCUAAGAUUCAUUCAUUAAACCGACAGAAGACAGCUCCUCGCAAGAGCAAACAGUCUUCAAAAUUUUUUCAGAAAGAAGCUACUAAAAUUCCUGACUUUGAGCCUUACAAGAACAUAAACCAGAAUAACACAGAGAAAUAAGUCUGAAGAAGUUUACUUGUUCAACUCUGUAUUGAAUCCAGGGAAAGUUGUGCUAAAAUAACUGAGUUAACCCGAUAGGCAAUCUCACCCAGCCAAUCAGCAUUGACGAAAUCAUGACUCUGCAAAAAUAAGAUCAAAGAGAUCAGGAAUUGCCAGCUCCAGAAUUUGAAGUUUAGGAUUAACACAAUCAAAGUACCCAAACAUCGCUUCUUUCCGAAGAAGAAGUGCCGAAGAUCCCGACAGAGGAAAAAUCGAAAGUUGAUGCAGCCGCAGGAACUUAAGAUCACCAAUAUGAACUUGACCUUCACUAAGAGUCCGGAGAAAUCCAAAAUCACUCACAACCCUGCUGAAGGACCCAACAUAACGAGCAAUGACAGCCAGUCGAACAUGAGCACAGCGUGGAACGCUCAGAAGUCGUCAAAGUCUCUGACCAAAAAGACGAUUUAUUCAAAAAUAAAUAACAACGUGGUUCAGGUGGAAGAUGGCUCCAGCUGAAGAAGCUACAACACUGGUGGCCAAGCUGCCAGUGAGGUCAAGGGAGGGACCAGGAGAGUUAGGCACACUGCCUACAGCCACUACAAACAUGAGAGGGGUGGGUCAAAGAGCUUUAGAAGGCAGAGGAGACCCAAAACUGGCAAAUGAAGGAUUGAAUAAGCUCGUGAAUUUUCAAUUU